AUGGGGUACGAAGAAGUGUCAAAGGCAUAUCGCGUUUACGACAUUGAAGCGGAUCAAGUGGUGAUAUCUCGCGAUGUCACAUUCGACGAAUCAACGUUUAGUUUCUCGCCGACGCUACUACAAGAAAUUGUUGAUGACACUGCGCUGGAUAUCGAAUCGAUGAACAUCAGCGAUGAGCCUCACCCUAUGCAGUUCAAGAAAACUGGAAAACGCAAAAGCCGUUCAAACAGCCAAGAACAAGCUCUGCAACGGACACUUCCUGAGCGUCGUGGAACCGGGUUCGAAGAAGCAAGUGCACCGGAUGACUUUGAAACGCACCAAGCGAAGCGACGGUCAAGCGCUCGAGCCAAUCUGGACGAAGAGCGAAAGGGCAGUGACGAAGAUAACGAGGAUGCUACACCUCAAGUCUUUUGGCGAGCGAGUGUCAACGCAGUCGAAGGUACUGACUUGUCUGAGCCGACAACGUUUAAAGAUGCUGUUGAUGGACCGGAUCAAGUGCAUUGGCGUAAAGCUAUCUGUGCCGAGUUGGAUUCGAUGAAACUUCGUGGCGUGCUUCGAGCGCCCAAACAGCCAGCUGGACAGCAUACCAUUGGCACCAAGUGGGUAUUCAAUAUCAAGCGGAAAGCUGAUGGAUCCAUCGAGAAAUACAAGGCGCGUCUCGUGGCAAAAGGGUUCAAGCAGAAAUAUGGCAUCGACUACACGGAGACGUUUUUCCGGUAG